AUGCUUCUUCCACAGUACGGAGAACAGCAAAUCUACGCUGGAAUCACUCCGAGCACUAGCGAAAUCGAUUUCACAAACUUUCAAGUGGCUGAAGAGGAAUCGCAAACCACCAUCAACGAGCACAAGGAGCAACACUUUUAUUUGGUUCGAUAUGGAAAAACAGCACCAGGCUUGAUCGAGAACGUAGGCAACUACGAUUCUGAUCUUCACAUGGAUGGUGUGGAACAUGCCGAGGCCAUUGCUCAACACAUUGCUGCAAGUGGAAAUGUGCCUGAUCACGUUAUUGCCGAUCCCUUUAUGCGAUGCACACACACAGCUGACACCAUGGUGUCACACUUCAACAGAUUGACUGACAAGGGAAUGAAGGUCAAGGUUGAACAAGGUCUGACAGAAUGGCAAGUUCCAUCCUUGUUGGUUGACCCUGAAGGAAAGCGAACCAGUCCAAGAGGACUCAAUGAAUUGGUUGACAUCUUUGACAGCUUGGAUGACACCUAUGAAUCUGUGAACCCACAAGGUCCAGAACGGGAAUCUGAUGAAGAGGCAGCUCCGGGCUGCCCUCGUUUCCCUGAAACUGAGGAUCAACUCAGCGAAAGAUGCAAGACAUCUAUCGAAAAGAUCUUGGAGGUGAUUGGCAACGAUUCCGUUGCAAUCGUGAGCCAUGCUCCAUGCCUUCAGUAUCUAGCACUUGCGUUGGAAGGGUCCCAAUCUCCAAGCGAAAGUGCUCUUGGGCCAUGGUCUCUGGGCGGCAUCACCCACUUCUCUCGACUUCCGGGAGAAACCAAGUGGACUUUGAGAUCGUACAGCUCCACAUCACACAUGCCAGGGGAAUUCCGUGAUGGUGAGCUAGGAAAGUGGUCCUUGCCAAGCUUUGUAAAACUAUGA